AUUAGUGACACGUGUCUUUUCAUUUAUCUCUUCCGGCGCUUUCUCUCCACCGUGACAAUGGCUGUUUCUCUCUCCGCCGCCUCUCACUUACUCUGUUCCUCCACCAGAGUCUCUCUUUCACCCGCCGUCACCUCCUCCUCGUCCCCUGUCGUUGCUCUUUCGUCCUCUUCAUCGCCACAUUCUCUGUCUUCUCUUCGAAGCGUCGCAUCUUCUUGUCUGUUUCCUCACUCCUCCUUCGUUCUUCAGAGAAAAGAUCCGAUCAAUGGAACGAGCACGAGGAUGGUUUCACCAAAAUGUGCAGCUUCUGAUGCAGCUCAAUUGAGAAGCGCUAAAGAAGAUAUCAAAGUUCUUCUCCGGACUAAGUUUUGCCAUCCCAUUUUGGUUAGAUUGGGAUGGCACGAUGCUGGUACAUAUAACAAGAACAUUGAGGAGUGGCCACAGAGAGGUGGAGCUAAUGGAAGUCUUAGGUUUGAGGCUGAGCUUAAGCAUGCUGCAAAUGCUGGUCUGCUUAAUGCUUUAAAGCUCAUUCAGCCUAUCAAAGACAAGUAUCCUAACAUCUCUUAUGCGGACUUAUUCCAGUUAGCUAGUGCCACUGCAGUAGAGGAGGCUGGUGGUCCUGAAAUCCCGAUGAAAUAUGGGAGAGUUGAUGUCGUAGCACCUGAACAGUGUCCAGAAGAAGGAAGACUCCCUGAUGCUGGACCUCCCUCACCAGCUGAUCAUUUAAGAGAUGUAUUUUACAGAAUGGGACUAGAUGACAAGGAAAUAGUUGCCUUGUCUGGUGCACAUACCUUAGGAAGAGCCAGACCAGACCGUAGCGGUUGGGGAAAACCUGAGACAAAGUACACGAAAACUGGACCAGGAGAAGCAGGAGGACAGUCAUGGACAGUGAAAUGGCUUAAGUUCGACAAUUCUUACUUCAAGGAUAUCAAAGAAAAGAGGGACGAAGAUCUUCUGGUGUUACCCACUGAUGCUGCGCUAUUCGAAGAUCCUUCAUUCAAGAACUAUGCGGAGAAGUAUGCUGAAGAUCCGGCUGCAUUUUUCAAGGAUUACGCUGAAGCUCAUGCCAAGCUCAGCAAUCUCGGCGCGAAAUUUGAUCCUCCCGAGGGCAUCAUCAUUGACAACGCUCCAGAGAAGUUCGUAGCUGCGAAGUAUUCCACGGGAAAGAAGGAGCUUUCGGAUUCGAUGAAAAAGAAGAUAAGAGCAGAGUAUGAAGCAAUUGGAGGAAGUCCAGAUAAGCCAUUACCCACAAAUUACUUCCUCAACAUCAUAAUUGCCAUUGGCGUUUUGGUCCUGUUGUCCACUCUCUUUGGUGGUAAUAACAACUCCGAUUUCUCUGGUUUCUAAUUGACAAAUUAGAAAAAUUGUAUAUUUUGAUUUCUCUUACGUAUAUACAUAAUCACGUGGUGAUCAAAUAUCUUUGCAAACAAACACAUCAUUGAUAUUGUUUGCUUUGAGUAAAAUCACCUUUAAUAACAUUGUUUAUUUGAUGGUUUUAGAUAUUGAGAUUAGUGUGAGUUUUUCAGAAUAAAGUGUGUGAAUUACU